AUGGAUGCAUCAAGUCAAGCUCAUGGAACAUCUACUCCUACACCUACAACUGAUACACCUACCACUGCCACAGAUACAGUUGUUGGAUCCUCAAUCCAACCAACAAAUGAAGCAGCACAGCCAGAGACAGCAGCAGUAGAUGUAGAAGCUACUUCUACUCAAAUGGGUGGUAAGAUAACUUCUAACAUUUGGAAUCAUUUCAAGAGGUUGAAUGUUCAAGAUGCUGCAUGCAAUUACUGCAAGAAGGUGAUAAAGGCUCAUACUGGAAGGAAUGGUACAAGUGGAAUGUGGAAGCACUUCAACAGAUGCAAGCAGAAUCCUAACAAGCCAAAGCCUAAAGGACAACAAACUCUGACAUUAAAUCCUGCAGAACUGGGUGAGGAUAAAGGUCAGUUAGUCUCUACUAUUUUCAGUCAAGAUAAAUGUAAAAGGGCAGUUGUUGAAUUUAUUAUAAUUGAUGAGAUGUCAUUUAGAGCAGUUGAGGGUGAAGGUUUUAGGAGAAUGAUGCAUGUCUUAGAGCCUAGAUUUGUUGUGACAGGUAGAAUGACUAUUUAUAGAUGUUUAUUAGACAUGUAUGUAUUAGAGAAAGAAAAGUUGAAAAAUUACUUCAAGUCAACCAAGCAGAGGGUUAGUUUGACAACAGACAUAUGGACUUCACCAAACAAUUUCAACUACAUCUGUGUAACAGUUCACUUUAUUGAUCAGCAGUGGAAGUAUCAAAAGAGAAUUAUUAUGUUUUUUGAGGUUAGUGGUCACAAAGGAAUUGACAUUGGUGAGAUGUUAGAGAAGUGUUUGUCAGAUUGGGAGCUUAAAGAUGUGUUUACUGUCACUUUGGAUAAUGUGAGUGCCAACAAGGUAGCAAUGGAUUAUUUGAAGACUAGUAUUGUUUCAAAGACAAGGGCAGAAGAGAGAGCUAGGUACUUGCAUGUAAGGUGUGCAGCUUAUGUACUUGCACUUGUGGUAAAAGAUGUUGUGAGGGUCUACAACAAAUCAAUUACAAGAAUCAGGUCAGUUGUCAAGUAUAUAAAGGGUUCUCCAUCUAGGUUGGCUAAGCUUAAGCGUUGUGCAAAAUUAGUUGGAAUAGAGUCUAAGGUAACAUUGAUAUUAGAUGUUAAGACUAGGUGGAACAACACAUUCUUGAUGCUACAGGCUGCAGAAGUGUUUGAAAAAGCAUUUAUUAGGUUAGAAAGGUAUGACAAGGAAUAUCGGCAGUUGUUUUAUUACCCAAAACAGAGUGAGAAAGAUCUACCUGAUGCUAAUGAUUUUGAUAUUGAUAUGAACCCUACAACCUUUUUUGCCAUAUUGUUGGAUCCUAGAGAGAAAGAAAAAGGACUACAAUUUGCUCUUGAGCUCUUGUAUGGGAAGAAUUCUUCUAAGGUUGAAUCUGUUAUGAAGCUUGUUAAGUUGGAUUUUAAGAUUCUAUUUGAAGAAUAUAAGGAUGCCUAUUCAGUUCAUGAGGAGGAGUCAAGUAGUUCUAUCCAGGGACAAACCAAAGCAGUGAUGUGUCAUAUCGUUAGAGAUCAUGAAGAUCUCCUUCUCUCCUUUGAAAGCUUAACCAAGGAUGUAGAUUCUUUGGAGAAGUGUAUUCCACCUGAUUUCAAGAAUGUAGAUUAUUAUAUACAAUUUGUUCAAAGGCGGUUUGGAUCUGAAAGCCCAUACUUUAAGACCUUCAAGGAGAUUUUGUCCAUUCAAAUUGAAGGGGAAAUGAACCUCCAGGAUUUCUAUGGAGUGGUUUGCUUCUUAUUUAGAGAUCAGUGCUACCGUGACUUCUUUAAAAUUGAGGAGGUACUCCAACAGUAUGGUCGAAUCAAAUCAGUCGAAGUUGGGAUUGAGGAUACCAUUACCUCUGCUAUUGUUAUUUUUCAAGAUGCUCUUGGUGCCCAAAGAGCUGUUUUGGCAUCUCCCAUACUACUUGAUGGUCAUGGAGUCCACGUAUCAGAGUUGAAUUCAUCUGUUGCUGGGGAAUCAGUUGCUGAGGAAGAUAUAGGAAGACAUGGUAGGCACGUGCCUUCUGGUAUUGGAAACGCAAUUGCAAGCAGUGGUUUAGAAGGUUUUUCUGUGGAUAUUCAAGACUACACAAAUGAGUUCGAGACCAGGUUAUUGUCAAGGUUUGGGGCAGCAUGUGAGAGAAAAGAUACCCUUUCAAUGUCUGCUUAUGUUCAAAUUUUAACCACGUUUCACAGAGGUGUGAGUGCAAUUCAACAGUAUAUUCUAACUCGACCAAUGCUCAUGGAUGCUGAGGUAAUGAAUGUGGAUGCCAUAUUGGGUGCAGGGGAUCUGAUUUUACAAGUUAGUCCUAGCAAUGUUUCACGUGGACUUGCCCUGCUUUACAAAGAAAUAUCAGAGUCUGUGUUGAAAGAAGCUACCACGAUAAUGCUCGGGUUCCCUUCUCCUGAUAUUGUCAUGAAAAUCCUUGUGCAGUUGGUAUUGGAGUUCCGAAUAAUAUCACUUCUAAAUAAGCUUCUAGUGAAGCCUUCUCUUGUGAACUUGCCUCCAGUUGCUCAAGGCGGGGUUUUGUCAUACCUUCGAAUUCUAGAGGUCGCAUAUAAGAAGACAACUGAGAAGACAGGGGAACUUGCAAGGAACCUGCAAGCUGUGGGGUGUGGUGACUUGGGUUUAGAGGGUAAUGCGAUUUUAACAAUGGUUUUAUUGAAAGUCUAUUUUGACAACUAUCCUUUACAUGAGCAGGCAUCCCUUAGACAGCUCUUUCAGGCAAAGAUGGAAGAACUGUGCGCUGAAAACCACACUGAAUCAAGCGGUACAAUUGGAGGCUCCAGAGGAGUCUUAGAUCCAUUUUCCGAACACCAGAUAUCAUUAUUGGUAGUGACCGAGUUUGUGCGCUGGAAUGAAGAGGCGAUAGCUAGAUGCUCUUUAUUUUCAUCUGAACCUGCUACACUUGCAUCCAAUGUCAAAGCAGUGUUCACUUGCUUGCUGGCCCAUGUUGGUCAAUAUAUUACUGAGGGGAUUGAACGGGCAAGGGUCAUUCUUAAUGAGGCUGUAGCGGCGAGGGAAAUAAUUGUGGUUGGUACUAGUGUCAGUAGAAAGGAGGAGGCUGCUAUAGCUGCAUCUGCAUCUGCUGCUGAAAGCAGUUUCAAAUCUUUCAUGGAUGUCGUAAAGCGUUGUGCUAGCAGUGUGGGUAUUGUCAAGCAGUAUUUUAAGAACUCUAUUUCUCAACUCUUACUUCCUGUGGAUGGUGCACAUUUUGCUUCCCUUGAAGAAAUGGCAGCAGCUGUCUCGCGUGCAGAAGUUGCUGCUUAUGAAGGACUGCAGCAGUGUGUUGAAACUUUGAUGGCUGAGGCCGAGCGGUUACUCUCUGCUUCACAGAUCCCUCCAGAUUACUUGCCACCUGAAGAUGGAAUGGUUCCUGAUCUGAGGGUAGUUUGUUGCACGAAUUACUGCUUAGGCAUUGGCAGCCAUACACAUUUAACCCCGGAUUACAGUAAUUGUCAAACUGUCUUGUGCCAACCAACUGUGGUAAAGCUGGACUCACUGAGGGAUGCUCAUUCAGGGGAAAGGGAGAGGUUGCGAUAAGGGAAUGUUGUGGUGAUGGCAGAAAGAAUUUUGUUUUUCUUUCUACUUUUGUUUAGUUUUAAUUGGAGAAUGGAAGCCAGGGUAUCAGAGGAAUGGGUUUAGGAUUGAAGUAACUGUUUUAAUUGGAGUUGCUGUAACAACGCAUUUGACUGCAAGUCUAGUAAGCUUUUAACUGUUUAUUUGAAAACUGUCGUCAACUUAAUUACGCAGAAUUUUUUCUCC